AUGUCCAAUACCUCACUUAUCAACUCUCUCAUCUCGAAACACGGCUCCACACAGCUUGGCUCCAAGACUCUGUCCGAGCUCCGUGACAGUAUCGAUAAUACUUUAGAGAAAGGGACAGCCCUCAUCACCGCUACAGAUAUAUCCGAGGGCUGUCCUGGUAUACUGCUAUACCCCGAUGGACCGUUUGAGGUCAUGUCCCCCACUAUGCAGCACGCUUAUAUGAAAGAGCACGAGCCGACCAUUCUGUUGCUCCGCACUCUUCAGUCACUGGAUGGCGUGCCGACACAUAUGUCAAAGGCGGACUAUAAGUCCCUUGAGAACAUGACGCUGGUCGCGAAGACGAAAGACGAAGUGUUCGAUGACAAUAUCACCGAAGGGGGAUAUGACAAAGCUCUGGAUGCGGUCAUGGCUGCACGAUUGACUCAACUGGAAGACGAAGAUGAAGAGCAUCAUGGAAUGUUCAAGUUGGAUCUCAGUUCGGUACCAUUCUCGAUCCAAAGUCGAAGAUUGGAAUGGAGCGUCAACGAACGACCCGGCAGCGAGCUUCUUCCAGCCUGGGCCUGGAGCCAGGUGGAAGAACAGCAUGAAAAGGCCCCCAGUAAGAAGCUCGUCCACUUGGAGCUCAAAAACCUGAAAUCCUUGCGCCCUUCGUUCCUCAAUACUACAGAGUCGAGGGCCAAGUUGAGAACAAAGAUCAUACGCAUCGAGGAAGCGAACCAAAGCCUCUAUGAAAUUGAGGGUAUUUGUGGACUAGAUAACACGCCUGUCGGUAGGCACACACAUUUGAUGGAAUUCACUCCACACGAGGAUGAAAUUUCAAAACGUUUCCAGCGAACUGUAGAUAGUACUCCGGAUCGCGAUCGAUGGCUGUAUGACAGCUUCAUGGCAUCUGCUGUCAAACGCCGAGAGUUGUCCGAGAUGGAGACGCAAGCUUUGAUUCCUCCCAAAUUGCUGGAACAAUUCUCUCGAGCAACAGAUGAAAAGCUUUGCCACAGUGCCUAUAGAGGCCAAAGGGGCGUCAGUAAGAGGCCGUCCGAUUACAUCAAACAUGACGACGAAGAUUUCAGACGAUGGAUGGGCGAGCUUGCAACGGCUUCUCCACAGGGAAAUCAACCCCUGGCAUGGCCUGACGUUCCCCGUGAAGGCCACGAGAGACUGCUGUCAGAUGUCGCCUUGAUCCUCGACGGUGAAGGCCCUGAAGUAUCAUCGCGAAGGUAUGGAGAAGAUACAGAUGUGAGUCACUCAGCAACCAUUGCUCAAGAAUACGACAACAUCAAUCCAUUGGAGUACUUCCUAUUGAAGUCUCACGGAGAAAGUAAUCUCGGCCCCAAAGAGCUGGAGGACGAAAUGCCCCCAGCUGCUUACGAGAAAUGGGCAGAGGUGAAAGCAGAUUGGGAAGGGUACGAGGCCACCGAAGGGAAGAAUGAUGUUCGGUCAUACCGAAAGUAUUUGGCAGAGGCUUCGAAAGCCGUCUCCGAUGCUCGAUCAGUGACCAAUCAACUUGCCAGACUGGACGUGGCUGAGGUCAAUCCCGCGGAAUAA